AUGAUGAACAUGCGGUCAGUGCUUUCGCGGCCUCUGCAGCGCGUUCUCCAGACUCCGCAGCCUCGGUGGAUCUCCAACGUCCAAGUGACACGCGACACAGGCCUCCCAGAUCUUAUCAUCACGCCGAUCGCAGCUCAGAAAUUACUUGAAGCGGCCGAGCGACAGAAGGCGAAGAAUUUGAUGCUACGCGUGGCAGUGGAAGGCGGCGGCUGCUCUGGUUUCCAGUACGUGAUCGAGUUCGAAAAGGACGCGACGCCCGACGCAGAGGAAGACGUCGUCUUCGAGCAACACGGGGGCAAAGUGGUCGUGGACAAAGAAUCUCUCGAGCUUAUCCGAGGCAGCACCGUGGACUACGAACAGGAACUGAUCCGCAGCGCCUUCGCGGUAGUCAACAACCCCAACGCAGUCGCUGGUUGCGGUUGUGGCACAUCCUUCGACCUCAAGGACUAG